AUGAGCCAAAUUGAUUACAAGGCAUUUGGUGAUGUGGUUGCUUUUGAUGCCACGUACGGUAAAAACAAGUAUAGGUGUCCUCUGGUGUUUUUUUGCCGCGUUAAUCAUCAUCAACAAAUCAUUGUGUUUGCUUCUGCAAUUGUUGGGGAUGAAAAGGAACCUGCGUAUGUUUGGUUACUCCAAAGACUAAUGGAAGUUAUGAAAGACAAGGCACCUACGUCAGUCAUCACAGAUGGAGAUAUUCCAAUGAAGAAAGCAAUAAAGCUUGUGCUACCUCAAUCCCAUCACAGGCUUUGUGCUUGGCAUUUGAGUCGGAAUGCAACCUCAAACUUGCAUAAUCUUGAAUUUACAGCUGCAUUCAACCAUUGCAUGCUUGCUGGGUAUUAUGACAUAGGGACAUGGAAAAAAAAAUGGACAGAGAUGGUGGAUAAGUUUGAGUUGCAUGAUAAUGGAUGGGUUCAGGAAAUGUAUGAAAAAAGGAGGAUGUGGGCUGCAUCGCAUAUGCGUGGCAACUUUUUUGCUGGAUUUCGCACAACAUCCCGCUGUGAGGGUCUUCAUUCCAAAAUUGGGAAGUUUGUUAAUUCAAGGUGUAAUAUAACAGAGCUGAUCCAACACUUAUGCAGGUUGAUGAAUCAUAUUAGGUAUAAAGAAAUUGAGGCUGACUUUAAUUCAUCUUAUGGUGAGGCUGUGUUGGAGACUAAAUUCCAAAAUCUUGAGAGGUCUGGUGCCAAUGUCUUUACAAGGGAGAUAUUCUCCAUGUAUCAUGCUGCACUACAUAGGUCAGGAGAUUCCAUUGUUGUAGGCUACAAAGAAGCAUCCAGCCAGUAUAUAUUUUUGGUUUCAAAAUAUCGUGGUUCCGGACGUGAGUGGCAUGUCUCAUUUCAGCCGUCAACAUUUUUUUUCCAAUGUGCUUGCAAAAGGAUGGAAUCCAUGGGUCUUCCUUGUCACCAUGUACUUGCAGUCCUUGUUUAUCUUGAUGUCUGUGAAUUGCCAAAAUGUCUAGUCCUGCAGAGAUGGACAAAGUUUGCAAAGGAUGAUGUGGACAAGAAUGCAAUGUUAGGAUCAAAACACUUGGAUUCCUUCUUGAUUAGUAGGUAUGGUGCCUUGAUGAGUCAAUACAGGGAAUUAGCCUCAUUUGCCUGUCGUAGGUUUGAAGAUUUUCGUAAUGAAAGAGAUCGAGCGACAAAAGCUGUGCAAGAAUUGAAGUCAAGGGCAAUCAAGGACUGUGAUGAAGAAGUUGAUGAUUUGGGUAAUUCCUUUAUUGGCCUUAAAGAUCCUAAUGUUGUUAGGACUAAAGGUACUGGUUGUCCAGGUUCGUCAAGUGCAGCUGGCAAAAACAAAGGCAACAAGAGGAAAGGGAGUAGGAAGUGCUAA